AUGUCCUACCAAAUAACCUACGACAGUGCCACCGCACCACCCCGCGCCGCAGCCCUCGUCGCAUUCAUGGAAGACUUCUACCGCACCAGCGACACAGAAUCCCAGCACGAGAAAUACGUCCAGAGUUUCACCGAGGAUGCCACGCUGAUUAUGGGAUCCAAGGAGGCAAAGGGUGCAAGUGAAAUCCUCCCCCUUCGCCACGGCCUCUGGACGCACGUUGCUUCGCGUAGACACACGCCUGCGCGGAUCUACUUUGGCGGCGAGGAUGAGAUCAUGUUGUAUGGUGGCGUUGAAUAUAGGCUUAAGGCGGAUCCUGAUAGGGAGGUUUAUGUGCCUUGGGCUGGAAGAGUGGUGUUUGCGCCGCAGAAGGAGGGGGAGGGGGUUAAGAUGCGGUUUUAUCAGGUUUACUUGGAUUCUGCGGCUCAGUCUGGGAAGAAGUGA